AAAAAGCCCGGGCUAGGGCCAAGGAGCAGGGUGAGGGAGGGGGUGGGAGGGGUGGGGGGUAACGGGGGAAACUGGGGAAGUGGGGAACCGAGGGGCAACCAGGGGAAGAUGGGGUGCUGGAGGAGAGUUUGUGGGAGCCAAGGAGCACCUUGGACAUCUGGAGUCUGGCAGGCGUGAUGACGGGUGGAGGGGCUAGCUCGGGGCAGGGCUGUGGGGUCUGGGGCCAGUGAGGAGUGUGGAGUAGGCGCCCAGGCAUCGUGCAGACGGAGCAACAUCAGCUGGGGGCGAUGGGCCCGAGCUAGGGCUGGAGAGAAGGGGGAGCCAGACAUUCAUCCCGGUCACUUUUGGUUACAGGACGUGGCAGCUGGUUGGACGAGGGGAGCUGGUGGGCAGGGUUUGAUCCCAGGGCCUGGGCAACGGAGGUGUAGCUGGCAGCAGCGGGCAGGUGAGAACCCCAUCUGCCGGGCAGGUGAGUCCCUUCCCUCCCCAGGCCUCGCUUCCCCAGCCUUCUGAAAGAAGGAGGUUUAGGGGAUGGAGGGCUGGCGGGGAGAAGCAGACACCCUCCCGGCAGAGGGGCAGGAUGGGGGCAGGAGAGUUAGCAAAGGUGACAUCUUCUCGGGGGGAGCCGAGACUGCGCAAGGCUGGGGGGCUGUGAGCUCAUCCCAGGCAGAAAGAGCAAGAGAGCAGGGACGGAGCGCAGGGAUGGCCAGCGUAGGGUCCAGCACGUGGGGUGGUACCCCAGGCCUGGGUCAGACAGGGACAAGGCAGGGGACACAGGACAGAGGGGUCCCCAGCUGCCACCUCACCCACCGCAAUUCAUUUAGUAGCAGGCACAGGGGCAGCUCUGGCAGGGCUUUCUCAGGCCUAUGCCGGAGCCUCGAGGGCUGGAGAGCGGGAAGACAGGCAGUGCUCGGGGAGUUGCAGCAGGACGUCACCAGGAGGGCGAAGCGGCCACGGGAGGGGUCCCCCAGGACAUUACGCAGCAAGGAGGCUGCAGGGGCUCGGCCUGCGGGCGCCAUUCCCACGAGGCACUGCGGCCCAGGGUCUGGUGCGGAGAGGGCCCACAGUGGACUUGGUGACACUGUAUGCCCUCACCGCUCAGCCCCUGGGGCUGGCUUGGCAGACAGUACAGCAUCCAGGGGAGUCAAGGGCAUGGGGCGAGACCAGACUAGGCGAGGCGGGCGGGGCGGAGUGAAUGAGCUCUCAGGAGGGAGGCUGGUGCAGGCAGGGGUGAGGAGCACAGCAGGCGGUGAGCGGGAGGCACUGGCCUCCAGAGCCCGUGGCCAAGGCGGGCCUCACGGGCGGCGACGGAGCCGGAAUCGGUGCCUCAGCGUUCGGGCUGGAGACGAGGCCAGGUCUCCAGUCGGGGUGGAUGUGCCCACCAGCUGCCGAAGGCCAGGACGCCAGGUCCGGCGGACUUGCCGAGUGGGACAUGACAUGGUCCGGUGUGACGGCGAGGACAGAAGGGGCGCAUCCGGCCUUCCUGAAUGGUGCUACCCAGCUCAAGCCUGGGCCUUUGAAUCCGGACACAAAACCCUCUAGUUGGAAUCGAAUACGCUGCACUUUACAACCACUGCACAACUGACUCAGGAAUCGGCUCUGGAAGGUGAAGCUAGAGGAACAAGACCUCAUCAACCCAACACCAAAGACGCCAUCGGACCAGCAGCGCCCGCAGCACCCACCCCCCACCGGCAACUCCAUCUUCAUGGCCACCCCCUGCAGCGGACGGUUGACCACCAGCCAUCGCGUCAUCCCAGAGCUGAGCUCCUCCAGCGGGAUGACCCCGUCCCCACCACCUCCCUCUUCUUCUUCUUCAUCCUUCUGUCUCUUUGUUUCUGAGCUUUCCUGUCUUUCCUUUCUCUGAGAGAUUCAAAGCCUCCCCGACUCUGUUUCCCCCGUCCCUUCUGAAUUUAAUUUGCACUAAGUCAUUUGCACUGGUUGGAGUUGUGGAGACGGCCUUGAGUCUCGGUGCGAGUGUGCGUGAGUGUGAGCCACCUUGGCAAGUGCCCGCCCAGGGCCCGGCCGCCCUUCAUCUGGGCUGGGUGACUGGGCGCCGGCUGUGUGCCCGAGGCCUCACCCUGCCCUCGCCUAGUCUGGAAGCCCCAGCAUCAUGGGGCAGCCUUCAAGCAUUCCAUUACGCCCCAUCUCGCCCUGUGCCCCUCCCCACCAGGGCUUCAGCAGGAGCCCUGGACUCAUCAUCAAUAAACACUGUUACAGCAA